AUGGCAACAGAAAGUCUUUUAAGCGAUGAGUAUGUAAUAAUUGAGUCAAUAAUCAAUGAGUUCACAAAAGAAGAUUGGAUCUCUUUACUUGAGAAAAAUUAGAUUAGAUUAGAUUAAGCCGUUUGCCUUGCAGGGCCGGGGAUUCUCACCCCUACGCGCUCAUCGCCCCUGAGGAGCCUCGGCGGACACCCUCCUUGUUGCCUCAAACAAGGGAUUCGCACCACCAGUCUUGACUUCCAUGGCUUCUGGAGUCUAAGGGCCAACCACCUGGGUCGAAACUCCCAGUUUCUCGUUGGGCAAAUACCGUCUUCAGGGUUUGAGGGUCAUAUUGCCCUCAAACAUUGGCCGACCUUGCCCUUUCCAAUGGUUGUCCUGGAGGAAAAACUCCAAGUCCGAGAAUUAGCUCCUCGGGGGCUCGAAGAAAAACCCCCAGCCCGACAAUACAUAAAGGAUUACCGGCCCCUUUCCACCUAAAUCUCCGACACUGGGCCGUUGCCUACUGAUGUUGAAGAAAUAGGGUCGAGAGGUCGGGUGGUAUGUCGUCACCAUUUUUAUGUAUAUUCUUUACUUGAGAAAAAUGAUCUACACCACACAUGCCCCAAACGAAUUCAUAAAAGCCUGCUAUUUGGGAUUCCAGAUAGCUUAAGAGGUCAAAUAUGGCCUUUCUUGGCUCGUGCAACCCAUAUGGACUCUUCAACCUACAAAACUCUUUCUCAAAGAAAGGACACAAUUUUCGAACCAUUAAUUCAAAAAGACCUUGCUCGGACUUUUCCCGAUCAUGAAAUGUACAAAGACACAAAAGGAAUUGGACAAUCUGGGAUCCUGAGAAUCUUAAGAGCCUACGCCCAAUUCGAUAACGAGAUAGGCUACUGCCAAGGGAUGGCUUUUAUAGUUGGUCUUCUAUUAAUCCACAUAAAAUCAGAAGAGCUAACUUUUUGGACUUUUGUCUCAAUCAUGUGGGACAAAAAUUGGCGAGAAGUUUUUAAGACUGGAACCCCAAAGCUUGUAGGGAUGCUUGAUUCUUUUUCAAACAAGCUGCAGUCCUUGCUGCCUGAAGUGCACUGCCACUUGCAGACAGAAAACUUGGAAAUCACGUGCUUUUCUCCUUUUUUUAUUACAAUAUUUGGAUGCAAGGCACCAAUUCAGAAUGCAAUGCGAGUGAUCGACAUGUUCCUAUAUGAAGGCGAGCAGGUGCUAUAUUCCCUUCUCCUCAAUAUGCUGACCUUAAAACGAGGGAAAAUUUUGCGGAUGAACUUUGAAGAGCUUUUUAGAUAUUUCAAUAACGAAAUGGCUAAAGAGUGCCUUGACGAGUACAACUUGGCGACACUGCUAAGCCCUGUAACGAAGUAUGUUGAAAGUGUAGAUGACGAUUACGACAUGCUGUAA